GGGACUCAGCAGCAGUGGCUGUCACUUCUUAAGAUUUUGUUCAAGAAAGGAAGAACAGCAGCUGACCCUCGAGAUCUGGGGUGGGAAGGAAGGGAAGGAGGGAUGGAAACAAAAGCAAACGCCCUCUGGUUCCCAGCCUGUCUCCACCCACCCCGUACUGAAGUCCUAGGAGAGGGCCAGUAAGUCUAUCUAGGAAUGCCCUGGCCUGGACUCCAUUUCCCAGAGUCACCUGGUGCUCUAACGUUUUCCGUGCUCUGAGCGCCUGUGCGUGUGCAUGUGGGAGAACGUACGCAUGCGCGUGCCUUUCCCUGUGGCCCGGGGGUUGAGAACAGAGGAAGUUCAUUUACUGAUCAGAGUGUGCCCUGAGAGGCCGCACUGCUCGUCUCCCACAUUCCCUGGGGAGUCUUGCUCUGCAAGUGCAAUUGCAGGCGGUUCGGGAGCACACACCCAGACCUGCCGCCCGCUGCUUCUGUGCCUCUGCAUCUGCCACCGUGGGCCCCAAGUUCCAGCGACUUCUCCUGUCCCACACUUUCCGCUUUGCUCUCCAGGUGUCCUGAAGAAAGGGGACGUGCUCCCGAGAGUUUCCACGGUGAUGACAGCAUUUGAAGACCUGGCUGUGUACUUUACGUGGGAGGAAUGGCAGAAAAUGAACAAUGCUCAGAAGAUCCUGUACAGAGAUGUGAUGCUGGAGACCUACAGCAGCCUCUUCUCCUUGGGGCACUGCAUUACCAAACCUGACUUAAUCUUCAAGUUGGAGCAAGGAGCAGAGCCAUGGAUGGUGGAUGAAUGCUUGAAUGAGAGCCUUCCAGUGGGCAUGAAAAGGGAUGACCUGAUUAGGAUCAACCAGGAAAGUCAGGACAACAAUCUGAAUCAGGAUUUUAUGAAAAAUAAGAAGACAUCAGCUCUCAAGAGAGUUGAAUUAAGAAAAACACUUAGUUUAAAUUCAAGCCAUAUUCCAACACUGAUUAUUAAAAAGGGAAUCUAUUCAGGAUUGAAGCCUGAGGAAUGCAAUAAAUGUCACACUGUGUAUCCCCCCAGUGGGCCUGAUCAACUACAGGGUGAAGAGAAAUUUGAUAACACUAAGAUACCUGGAAAACCUCUCCAGUUCUGUGAGCCUCUUGGUCAGCAUGACAAGAUUCACAUCAUGAAGCAGCCAUUUGGACCCACUGGACAAGCAAAAGUCUUCACAAGAAAGAUGUUCUGUAAAUCUGAGAGGGUUCAUAUGGCAGAAAACUGUAAUAAAUCAACUGUCACUUUUGGAAAAGCAACUCAAAUAGAAAAGGCUAUCUAUGGAAAUUCUAGCCUCAAUAUGCAUCAACAAACUCACACAAGAAAGAAAUUUUAUAAGUACAUCAUGUAUGUUGAACCUGUCAUUCACCAGUCACAUCUUACAAUAAACCAGAGACUAAAUACAAGGGAAAAACUUUACACAUGUAAACCUUGUGGAAAAUCACUCAGUUUUAAUUCACCUUCUGAAUGUAAUGACUGUGAAAAAGCCUUUGGACAAAAGUCAGUCCUCAGGAAAUGCCAACAAAUUCACACCGGGGAGAAACCUCAUGAAUGUAGUGACUGUGGAAAAGCCUUUGGACGAAAGUCACACCUCAUAAACCAUCAGCGAAUUCACACAGGAGAGAAACUUUAUAAAUGCCUUCAUUGUGGAAAAGGCUUUCUAUGGAAGUCAGACCUCAUCAAACACCAGAGAAUGCACACAGGGGAGAAACCUCAUGAAUGUAAUGACUGUGGAAAAGCCUUUGGACGAAAGUCACACCUCAUUGUGCACCAACAGAUUCACACAGGGGAGAAACCUCAUAAAUGUAAUGACUGUGGAAAAGCCUUUGGACGAAAGUCAUGCCUCAAAAUACACCAGCGAAUUCACACAGGGGAGAAACCUCAUGAAUGUAAUGACUGUGGAAAAGCCUUUGGACAAAAGUCAAGCCUCAUAAUGCACCAGAGAAUUCACACAGGGGAGAAACCUCAUGAAUGUAAUGACUGUGGAAAAGCCUUUGGACGAAAGUCAGAUCUCAGGAAACAUCAGCAAAUUCACACAGGGCAGAAACCUCAUAAAUGUAAUGACUGUGGAAAAGCCUUUGGACGAAAGUCACACCUCAUCGUACACCAGCGAAUUCACACAGGGGAGAAACCUCAUGAAUGUAAUAACUGGAAAAGCCUUUGUAUGGAAAUCACACCUCAUAUCACACUGGAGAAUUCACACAGGGGAGAAACCUCAUAAAUGUAAUGAUUGUGGAAAAGCCUUUGGCCAUAAGUUAGGCCUCAUGAUACAUCAGCGAAAUCACAUAGGGCAGAAACCUCAUGAAUGUAAUGACUGCGGAAAAGCCUUUGUAUGGAAAUCACACCUCAUAUCACACUGGAGAAUUCACACAGGGGAGAAACCCCAUGAAUGUAAUGACCAAGGGAAAGCCUCUGGAUAAAAGUCAAUCCUUUGGAAACAUCAGAGAAUUCCCACAGGGAAGAAGCCUCAUGAAUGUAAUGAUUUUGGAAAAGCCUUUGGACAAAAGACAAACCUCAUAUCACAGCAGAGAAUUCACACAGGGUAGAAAACUCAUGAUCGUAAUAACUGUGAAAAGCAUUAGCCAUAAGUCAA